AUCCACUCUUACUACUUGUCCCAUACUACUCUUCUAUCUCUGCCUUUAUUUUCUCAAUUUGCUUACACAAAACAACCGAAAGUAUAUACUAGUAUACAGCAUUAAACUUCUUUCCCUUAUCUCUUCUAACAAAAAAAGAAAAGAGCAAAAGAAGAAAAGAUAUGAAAGAGCCAGCUUCAGCUAAACUUUUUGAACACAAGAUGAACAUCUUUGUCAUUGCAGGCUUCAGUAUUAUCUUACUCUUCUCCUGCCUAACUUUUAAGAUAAACCUUUGUUUAUCUAAUACCCUUCCUCUGAAACCACUCGAGCUUGAUGGGCAUUUGAGUUUUGAUGAAGUUCAUCAUGCAGCCAAGGAUUUUGGCAACAGGUUUCAGUUCCUCCCAGCAGCUGUUCUUCAUCCCAAAUCGGUAUCCGACAUAGCCAUUACUGUCAAGCAUAUUUGGGGAAUGGGCACCAGCUCAGAGCUGACUGUUGCAGCCAGAGGCCAUGGCCACUCUCUCCAAGGCCAGUCACAAGCUCAUAGAGGCGUGGUCGUCAACAUGGAGUCCCUCACCAAGAACCGUGAUAUGCAGAUUCACAAAGGAGGAAAGUUCUCUUAUGUUGAUGUUUGUGGGGGUGAGCUUUGGAUAAACAUACUGCAUGAGACUUUGAAAUUUGGCUUAACGCCAAAAUCAUGGACUGAUUAUCUAUAUCUGACCGUUGGUGGAACUCUGUCCAACGCCGGGAUCAGUGGACAGGCAUUUCGACAUGGUCCUCAGAUCAGCAACGUCCAUCAGCUAGAAGUUGUUACAGGUAAAGGAGACGUGGUAAAUUGUUCGAAGGAAGAGAACGAAGACCUAUUUCACAGUGUUCUUGGUGGACUUGGUCAGUUUGGGAUCAUAACCCGAGCAAGGAUAUCUUUGGAGCCAGCUCCUGCAAUGGUCAAAUGGAUUAGAGUGCUCUACUCAGAUUUUGAAACAUUUACAAGAGAACAGGAGAGUUUGAUAUCAGCUGAGAACACUUUUGAUUAUAUUGAAGGGUUUGUGAUCAUUAACAGGACUGGUCUCUUAAACAACUGGAGAUCAUCUUUCAAUCCCCAGGACCUUGCUCAGGCCAGCCAGUUCAUCUCAGAUGGAAAAACUCUUUUCUGCCUAGAAUUGGUCAAGUACUUCAACCCGGGGACCAUGGAUAUGGUAAAUCAGGAAGUGGAGAAAAUGUUGGCUAAACUAAGCUAUAUCUCAUCAACACUAUUCAUAUCAGAUGUUAGUUAUGUGGAUUUCCUAGACAGAGUUCAUGUAUCUGAAGUCAAACUAAGGUCAAAAGGGUUGUGGGAAGUACCUCAUCCAUGGCUUAAUCUUCUGAUACCCAAAAGCAAAAUCCAAACUUUUGCUGAAGAAGUAUUUGGAAAUAUCAUAACUCAGACAGGCAAUGGUCCGGUCAUCAUCUUCCCAAUCAACAAAUCAAAGUGGGACAACAGAACAUCAGUAGUCAUGCCAGAAGAAGACAUCUUCUACUUGGUGGCAUUCCUUAGCUCUGCUGUUCCCUCAUCAACUGGAACUCACCAUGGCUUAGAACAUAUUAUAACGCAGAACAAGAGAAUUCUGGAGUUUUGUGAAACUGCCCAUCUUGGAGCAAAGCAGUACCUACCCCAUUAUGCCACUCAGGAAGAAUGGAGAGCCCACUUUGGGCCACAAUGGGGUGUGUUUGCCCAGAGAAAAUCAGCUUAUGAUCCCUUAGCCAUAUUAGCUCCUGGCCAAAGAAUAUUUCAGAAAGGGAACAAUAUAUAAUGCUCUCAUGCAUAUGAUAACUGCCAAAGCCUUUGACAUAUUUCUUCUUCUUAAUAAAUAAAGUAAAAAUAAAAGAAGAAGAAAGGAGAUUAACAUAUACUUAUUAUUUAUUAUAUGCACGUGCUUUUGUAAAGGGGUCAAAGUAAGUAUCAAUCAUAGUUGGAAAAGGGACUAGAGAACAGUCUUCCUUUCUAGUGAGGAGAUGUUAAUACUACGUAUGUCGAUUUUGUCAAGUUCAAUAAUA